AUGGGGCCGGUCCAGCCCCCAGCACCCAUAGUCCCUCCCAGGAAGGUGCUGGGGGUGCCGAGCACCCUGCGCCAGCUGGAACCCCACCAGAUGAAGGUGCACAGCCUGCAGGAGCUGCGGCGCAGCGCAUCCCUGGCCACCAAGGUCUUCGUGCAGCGGGAUUACAGCGACGGGACCACAUGCCAGUUCCAGACGAAGUUCCCCCCUGAGCUGGAGAGCCGGGUCCUGAAGAAGAUCUCUAAGUACAUCCAGGAGCAGAACGAGAAGAUCUAUGCGCCGCGGGGGCUGCUGCUCACCGACCCCCUGGAGCGUGGCAUGAGGGGAGAGCUCAGCCACUGCCUGCCUACCCAGGGCGCCUGGCAGAGCCCUGGUGCUGCCUCAUCUGCAUGA